UCAGUGUGCCCACGCACGGCGCCGCAUGUGAGUCAUCAGUACUGAACAGGUUCUACAGGUCUCAGUCUUGCGUCAGAUUUCGCGGAGUGAAGUUGUGUGUGUUGAAGAUUGGUUUCUUGUGAAUGGUAAACUUGUGUUUGCGGAUUUUCAAACAAUAUUCAGGUCAUCAUACUAAGUGUGAGAUGGCAUCAGCUAUAGUUACAUUUUUUGCAGUUCUUAUGGUCUCUGCUUAUGGAGACGGAGUCGAUUCUGCACAUAUGCAGUGUGACCUGGAUCACCAGUGCCCUGAUGGGUUUUUCUGUUAUGAAGAGUCCCACUACUGCACCCGCUGUCUAGAUUGUGGCUCGUACAAACGCAAGGCUUCCUGGCGUUCAUGCCCUAAGACACCAACGGAUUGUGGCACUUGUAUCACAGGAUUUGAGGAGGAAAUCCUGCACGAGGGGCGAACCAGGGAUAUGUGCAUACCCUCAAUUAUACCCAACACUUUGAGUCACACUAAUGCAAGCACCUACAAUACAGAGAGAUACAUCUGGGGUGGCGUUGUUACGGUUCUCCUGGUGCCAAUCAUGUUCUACGUCUUUUGCAGAAAAACUAUACGAAGAGAUGGCGGGGUGAAUCACCAUGGUAUCCCUCAUGAGGAACCACCCCCUUACCGAAGCAUUGAGUUGACCACCUUGACUAGCAAUAAUUCAGAGGAGCGCCUGUCUGAGGAGAACCACGUGUUGAUGGUUCGGACAGCAGAAGGACUGUCUGGUGCAGGCAGUGCCGUUCCGUCAGCCAGACUACGCAGAAGAGCUUAUGCUGUUUGACAACAGCCAAGAAGCCACCUCCGAUGUAGAAUCUACGGUUGAGGGGGUUGUGUUGGCCUCGCCUAACAUAGAGCUUCAUGAUGAAAACACAAUGCCUAGUGAUUGGACACCUGCCGAACAAGAUGGCAACGGACAGCUAAUGACAUUAGAAACUCCAGAAAUAGAAGUUGUGUCGGAAACCAGAAGACACAUGCGAACCUGCCAGUAAGCGGCAAAAGACCAGCCCCACUCACGAGGAUAGUGACGCAUCCAACACUCAGUAUAACAUCAACUUAAUCAUCAACAACAAUGUCACCAUUCAUAAGCCAUCUUAAAACUCGUUAAGGCUUAGAAUGUCCUUUGUUUUAUUCUUUUAUUUUCUGUCUUUUACGUUUCAAAGUUUUCCAUGUUUUAUAGACUGUUAUAUCCAGCUUAUAGUUUUAAUUAGAUAAAUAUGUACCGUAAUUUAUCAGUUAAUGUUGCGCUUGGUUUUUAUUUUUUUAUUAGAAUUAAAACUUUCCGUUUACUGCAUGUUUUUUGCUUUUAUUAAAGGGUUAUUUUUACAAAUUGCAUAAUUUUUACAAGAGGUAAGACCUAUUCAAGCAGCUGUGUGUAAAUAUAUCGAUUUAGGACAGUAAACCGUUUUAUUAUUGAAAAUCUUAAUGCCUGUUCAUUAUAAUUAUUAAACAUUUUUUCCUUGUUAAUUAUAAUUAAGUCAUAUGUAUUAGUAAGUCAUGUACAUAGUUCAUUAUUGUAAGUUAUUCGUGAUACUGUAGUUUGUACCUGCGUAGGUAGGGUGAAGAUUAGCUUUGUCAGUUGUUGUUGAAUAAACGUGUGACAUUUGUUCAACAGCAACAUUUUUUCCGUAGAGGAAGCUCACGUAUUGUUAUUUAGCAAGUAAGUGGACCAUGUAAAAAGACUUUUGUUGUGCUUGAAACAGUGUUGUGCAAUAAGAACUGACUCCGUUGUCUUUCAAAAUUGCAAUAAUUGUACCAUUAGGAAAGUAAACGUAGCCGCAUUGAGUUAAAUUUUUUUUAGUAGAUGCUGCCUUUUAAAGUGCCAUGAAAAUUCAGAUUUAUUGUUAUGUGGACCAGUGUGUAAUUAGGUCAUUAUUUGAGUAAUGAAGUUUGUUAGCAUGAUGCUGUAUGUAGAAUGUUAAAUGAAAGACAGAUUUGGUAAACUGGAUGUUGAAUAGAAGGAAUAGAAGUUCAGUGUUGCUUUAACAAUAAAUGAACAUGAUUGCCAUUGUUUAAACCAGCACUAAUAUCAAUAUUAAACAUGUUCUCUCUUAUGACCUUUAGUUACACAAACAUAAUGACCUGCAUUUAUGCAUAAUUUUAUUUAACAUGUCCGUAAUAAGCUAGUUAAAGUUGAGCACAUUUAUAAUUAUUACAGUAAUAGUAUGGUCAUUAUAAAAAACAGAAUUUAUGAAUAGAUCUUAAUUUGGUACUUAAUUUCUGUAGUAGUUUUUUCGUGUAUUCUACCAUCUUGAUGUUGAAGAAAAUGGCUUGAUCUGAUGUUAUUUGUUGUGAAUUGUAUUUAAUGUGUUGUCAAGUUAUGUGCAUUUAGAACUUUAGAAUACUAUUCUGAUAUUGAUUUUAAUUCGAAUACUCAAUCUAAGUUGUAAGUUCAAAACUAAAUGUUGAUACAUUGUGAUUGGUUAUAUUUAUGUCUGAAUCUGUUUUUUGAAUCUGAAUCUGAAAAUUUACUUUCUGGAUGUCCAUUGAAAUGGAUGUUUCCAAAAUAGUUAUAAGUAUAGCUCGUAAAAACAUGUUUCAGAAAAAUAAAAAUAGAUAAUUUAAUAUUAUGAAUUGUCUGACAAGAUCAAGGAAUAGUAAAGUAAAUGUUGUAUUUUAAUCGUAUGUACUUAUACCUUCUGUUUAGAGAUGAUGAGGGAUAAUCGCUGUAUAGUUUGACAUGUAUGGAACUUGCUCUCUGUUAAAUUAGAUAUAACAAUAUGUCUAAAAGAUUACAAAAUUAACAGUGUGAUUAUGACAACCAUGUAUUCCUCCUUUUAGAACAAAAACAUAAAAAAUCGUGUGAUCAAAGAUAAAAAAAAAUGAUUCAAAUAAAGUUUUGUACUUGUGCGGUUUAUACAAGAAUACAAUCCAUUUGAAUAAACCAGUAUUCUUGCUAAACCACAAUCACAAAUAUGUGUAUUACAGACCCAAAACACAAUAUACCAAAGACCAGUGUACAUCUAUUCGCCUACACAAAAUUGCAAUUGUGUUGUAAUAGAUUAGCUGCAGGUUUUUUAUCUAUGUUAUUCAAAUGUGUCAAUUUGUAUUUAACAGACGUAUUUCAUUUCAAAAUGUUUGGUCACUAAAUAAACUUUUUAUAUAUUUAUCAUAUGAAAAAUACUUUCCAUUAUAUACUAGAUAAACGGGCACUUGACGAAUGAGUAUGAAUAUGACCUCAAUUUUUUUUGGUCAAAGGUCCUAAAAGUCAAAAGUGAAUAGUUUUUAAAAAACAAGUUUGGAUAUGUUAUAUUUUAUGAAAUUAUAUAUUUCUUCACAGUGCAUACCAUAGUUAGUAUUUUCUAGAAAGUUGACUUAAAUAAUUGAAGCUCUUUGUAUUAAUUUACUGUGUACAUUACACUUUCGUGGAUGUCUAUCGUAUAUAAAACGUUCAUAAUUAAAGUAAAAUUCCAGCAUUAAGACAAUUUAUUAGUGACCAAACAUUGUAACACGUGAACUACAAUCAGCUGUUCUGUAUAAAGAAACAAUUAAUUGGUAAGCUACAUUCAGCUAAAAAUCAGUAAAGUUAUUAAAAUAAUUUUCUUUCUCCAUAUAAGUAGAAUAAUGUCAGAAUUACCGCAUCAAAUAUUAAGCCAUAAUGAUGUCUCAUCAAACUUCACUACUCGAGUCUCGUCUCUUGCCGAACUUCACUUCUACCUUGCGUGUUGUAUGGCUAUCACAACAUGACUGAACUACCAAUACACAACUAUUGCGUUAUGGUACUCAUAACACGCAAGGUUAAAGCAAAUUACGGCAAUAGCCUUGAUGAAUACUGUAAUCUUAAGGAGAUGUGUUGUGGCAUAAAACGUGAUAGAUAUAUUUCAUCUAUGACUCUAGAAUGUUUCAAAAUUUGGCUGCAUGAAACUGUUAACGCCUUCACUGCGGCUGUAUACUGACUGAUGUUGAGUAUUGUCACUGUGCUCAGUGUAAGGCAUUCUGCGUUGUAAGGCAUCAGCCGCAGUCAACGUGUUAAUCUGUUUUGCAAGACCUGACUGAUGUCAGUUAAACAGCUGGUGGUUGUACACUUGUAAUAAAUGAAAACUGUGUUAAAUACUGUUAUGAAGAAAAAAAAUUAUGACACGCUUUCAUAUUUAUUUUUAGAAAAAGGUUUACUAAUCUCACCAGAUUUUUGCAAAUUUGGGUUUAUGUUAGUUUUAAAUUUUAACUUAAAUUAUUCGACAUUGAUAUUUUUUUUUUCACCUUUAAAUACUUUACAUUUCAGUAUUUAAACUAAUAGCUACCUCAUAACUUCGCAUUAUUUAUUUAUCAUAAAUCUAUUUAUUCCACUUCUGAUCAUAGCAUAAGUUCCCAAUCAAGAUGUAGAUAAUAUUGUAAAUGCUGCUAACUUUCUUCAGUUGAGUAAAAAAAUUCAAUAAAGUUGGUAAAUAUCU